AGAGCAUUUGCUCGAUUGCUCGUUCUCAAACGAAUUCACUUUAUCGACAAUUCUAAUCUACGUCGAAUAUCUGAAGUUUUACGCACGGCGUAUCUUCUCACAAAAAAUGGCUCGUUAUUUUCACUUGAUAUGACGAAAAGAACUGAGCAGAAUUUAGCACUCCGUUUGGAGUGUCUCAAAUCCGAAACCGUUUCGUCAAUGAUGAGUGAAUUUGCGUGGAAUCGUGCUGCCUCACCAGCAAUAUACGUGCUCACAUGGAAUGGCAUGCUUCGUGUUGACGUUAUAACCAUGAAAUGCGCAGAGAUCGCUUUCGAUUGGACUAAAUUUGGAGAAAAUGGACUGAAGUCCGUAUCUUCGUUUGCGAUCGCAGAUAAGCUGUUCGUUUUUGUAACCUCAGCGGAAUUGAUCGUUUAUGAAUUGAGCACGUCAACUGCGACACCAAUUCCCGUUCCUGGAUCACCGUUCAAGCAAGUACUUGCUGUUAGCCAAUCAUCACAGCCAUAUCCAGAUCGGUCAUGCUUCGCACUUUCCGAACCACCUGAUGUCAAUUUUUGCGUUGUGAAUUUUCUAACACUCGCUCUUCAACAUAGUCUGUUUGUUCAGGGCGUUUCUGUACCUGCAACACAAUAUGAGCUACACUUCAAAAGAAAGGAUUCCGAUAAAGUUAAGAAUGUGCACAGCAUCAAUCAUAUCGUUCAUGUGGAGAACGGUAUUCUCGAUAAAGAGACCGAUUACGAAGUGACAGUUUCGUGGUUCAAUCGUUUCUCCUCACCUUCAACUCCAAGUGUAUCGCAGACCCUUCGUACCGGAUACGGUUUCCCGUCUUCUCCGCAGGAACCAUCUGCAUUCGCUCUCAGCCCUGAUACUGUCUUACUGUACUGGCAGCUACCAUCGAAGACGAAUGCGCCCGUAGCUGAGAUUAAAUAUCGAGUAAGAUUGUUCAAGAACUCUAUUAGGGAAGAUUUUCCUCCAGCUAGGAUAGUGAAUGUGCAUUCUAAUUCAACAGAUGCUGUCACUUGCCUAAAUGAUCCAUGUUCGGCGAAGAUCUCUAACUUACGACCAUCAACAGACUAUAAAUUUUGGGUACGAGCGAUUCACGAGAGCCAUUUGAAUAGUCAAUUUUCGGACGAUACUGAGGGCUUAUCGACGGAAACGACUGUUCGGACAAAAGAUGUCUGCGGGACGUUAAGGCCAGACAAUGUCACUGGGACUUCUGUUGUGCUCAGAUGGAAUUCACUCGAACCCGGAACUCCACCGACAAAGAUCUCGAUUCAGUACCGAAUAAGUGGUGGAGACGCUUCAUGGAAAUCACCACAUAAUGCCACAUUCAAUUGGUCAGCAAUGUCAACCGCAAUAAUAAUCAGUGCUCUACGAUCGGCCACUUCAUACGAUUAUCGAUUUUCUGCCGAAUAUUCCGGCUCGUAUCAUUACGGCAAUCGUAAUUAUCCAUUCAAUGAAACCUAUUAUCAGUCCGCUCAACAAAUCAAAACAAAGCUUGAGUGCAAACCGUUCGUCAUUAACAACAUUACUUCAUUUAAUUUUCAUCCGUUCACGGAUGACCAUACAACCAUCUGGUGUUAUCAGAUAUGGUAUCACGGAUGA